AUGGGGUUGAGAGAUGCCUACUGCCCAUUGGUGAUCGCUUCUUUAGUAAUUGAUGGCAUCGCCGUUGGUUUGAGACUCUGGACACGAAGCAUCAAGAAAGCUAUCGGCUACGAUGACAUAGCUAUGAUGUUUUCUCUGGUCGGUUUCGUUAUCUUCUGCGCAAUGGAGGUUCAAGCGAUACGAUGCGGCAUUGGUGCAACAACGAUUGAACCCGACUUCGACCUUACAAAAGCAGCCAUGUUCUUCAAAGCCGCUCAAAUCGUCUACAUUCUCACCACCGGCAUCUCAAAACUUGCCGUUGGACUUGUACUCUUCCGCCUCGCGAACGCCGCCAGCAUGAAGAUAGUUCGAAGGGUUCUUGCGGUUUCAAUGAUCAUCGUGUCGCUGUGGUGUUUGGUAACCGCCUUGAUCUUUGGUCUGCAAUGA